AAGCCUCGAAGCGGUGCUUCGAUAGCUCGACACAGUGUCGAAACCUGAGUAUCGAGCGGCCCAUCACUACUAUGGACGCAAGACUUUUACUGAGGGAGACAGAAGUGUGAUCGAGUUCAGAAACAAUUUCAUCGCUCAGAGGCAGACAAGAGAGAAAACUCUGCCAUUUACUGUAAUGUUUAAAUGGCUGUGAAAGAGGAGACGUGUGAGGAUGACAUGAAGAUCAAGGAGGAGAGGACCAUAAAUGUUAAGGAGGAGUUCUGUGAGUGGGAGAGUGUCCACCCCAAACAGGAGAGUCUGGACAUUAAGGAAGAGGUCUGUGAUCUGGGGUCAGUGAGUAUUAAAGAGGAGUGUGUCAGCACUGAGGUGGCCAGCUAUAGGAGUAUGGAGAGUGUCAAGGAAGAUGACCUUCAUUGUGGAGAUCAAGAUGGAGCAGUGACCGGGUUAGUCUCUUCUCAUAGCAGACACUCUUCAACUCUGGAGUCUUCAAUCAGUGUAAAACAUGAAUCAUUACAGUCUGACAGAAAGACAACUGAAGAUGUUUCAUCUCCUAGAACACAGGAAGGUCAGCCACCACCUAAGACGUCAUCUAAAACAAGAAUCAAACUUCACUGCUGUUCUGAAUGUAGCAAACAGUUUACACAGAGAGGCCAUCUUCAGAUCCACCAAAAAAUCCAUACAUGGGAGAAGCCAUAUUGCUGCUCUGAAUGUGGUAAACAGUUUUCAGAUAGAAGCAGUCUUCAGCGCCACAAAAUAAUUCACACAGGGGAGAAGCCAUAUUGCUGUUCUGAUUGUUGCAAAAAGUUUUCACUGAGAAGCCAUCUUAAGAGUCACCAAAGAAUCCACACAGGAGAGAAGCCAUAUGACUGUUGUGAAUGUGGUAAACAGUUUUCAGAUAGAAGCAGUUUUCAGCGCCACAAAAUAAUUCACACAGCACAGAAGCCAUAUGACUGUUCUGAAUGUGACAAACAGUUUACACAGAGAAGCCAUCUUAAGUGUCACCAAAGAAUCCACACAGGAGAGAAGCCAUAUGACUGUUCUGAAUGUGGCAAAAAGUUUACAUGGAGAGGCCAUCUUCAGCGCCACAAAAGAAUCCACACAGGAGAGAAGCCAUUUGACUGUUCUGAAUGUGGCAAACAGUUUUCAUAUAGUGGCAGUCUUCGGCGCCACAAAAUAAUUCACACAGGACAGAAGCAAUAUUGCUGUUCUGAAUGUGGUAAAGAGUUUUCACAGGGAAGUGCUCUUCAGAAACACAUGACAGUUCACACCGGAGAGAAGUCGUAUUGCUGUAAUGAAUGUGGUAAACAGUUUUCAUAUGUAAGCAAUCUGAAGAUCCACAUAAGAGUUCACACUGGAGAGAAGCCAUAUUGCUGUAAUGAAUGUGGUAAACAGUUUUCACAAAUGAGCAAUCUUCAGAAUCACACUAGAGUUCACACGGGAGAGAAGCCAUAUUUCUGUACUGAAUGUGGUAAACAGUUUUCACAUAUGAGCAAUCUUCAGAUACACACGAGAGUUCACACUGGAGAGAAGCCAUAUUGCUGUAAUGAAUGUGGUAAACAGUUUUCACAUAUAACCAGUAUGAAGGACCACACAAGAGUUCACACUGGAGAGAAGCCAUAUUGCUGUAAUGAAUGUGGCAAACGGUUUUCACAUAUGAGCAGUCUGAAGGUCCACACAAGAGUUCACACUGGAGAGAAGCCAUAUUGCUGUAAUGAAUGUGGUAAACAGUUUUCACAUGUGAGCAGUCUGAAGGACCACACAAGAGUUCACACUGGAGAGAAGCCAUAUUGUUGUAAUGAAUGUGGUAAACAGUUUUCACGUAUGAGCAGUCUGUAUAACCAUACUAGAGUUCACACUGGAGAGAAGCCAUAUUGCUGUAAUGAAUGUGGUAAACAGUUUUCACAAUUAAUCUAUCUGAAGGAACACACAAGAGUUCACACUAGAGAGAAGCCAUACUGCUGUAAUGAAUGUGGCAAACAGUUUUCACAGAUGAACAACUUGGUAAAACACACGAGAGUUCACACGGGAGAGAAGACAUAUUGCUGUAAUGAAUGUGGCAAACAGUUUUCACAAAAAGGCAGUCUUCAGAAACACAUGAGAGUUCACAGUGGAGAGAAGCCAUAUUGCUGUAAUCAAUGUGGCAAACCAUUUUCAGAGAUGGACAGUCUUCAGAAACACACGAGAGUUCACACCGGAGAGAAGCCAUAUUGCUGUAAUGAAUGUGGUAAACAGUUUUCACAAAUAAUCAAUCUGAAGAACCAUAUUAGAGUUCACACUACAGAGAAGCCAUAUUGCUGUAAUGAAUGUGGUAAACAGUUUUCACAUAUGAGCAGUCUUCAGAAACACACGAGAGUUCACACCGGAGAGAAGCCAUAUUGCUGUAAUGAAUGUGGCAAACAGUUUUCAGUGAUGGGCAAUCUACAGAAACACACAAGAGUUCACACUGGAGAGAAGCCAUAUUGCUGUAAUGAAUGUGGCAAACAGUUUUCAAUGAUGGGCAAUCUACAGAAACACACAAGAGUUCACACUAGAGAGAAGCCAUAUUGCUGUAAUAAUGUGGUAAACAGUUUUUUACAUAUAACCAGUAUGAAGGAUCACACAAAAGUUCACAGGGGAGAGAAGCCAUAUUGCUGCAAUGAAUGUGGUAAAAAGUUUUCAGAGAUGGGCAGUCUUCAGAGACACACGAGAGUUCACAACAGAAUUAAAACAGUACAAGUUCAAAAAUCAGUCCAGAAAAACAAGAACCCUUCAGGACUCAAGACUGAGGUUCAGUCCUGUCCUGAAAACCCCCAAAUAAUUCACACAGGGCAGAAGCCAUAUUGCUGCUCUGAAUAUGGCAAACAGUUUUCACAGAGAAGCUAUCUUAAGAGCCACCAAAGAAUUCAUGCAGGAGAGAAGCCAUAUGACUGUUCUGAAUGUGGUAAACAGUUUUCACAGAAAAGGAAUCUUCAGAUCCACCAAAUAAUUCACACAGGGCAGAAGCCGUAUUGCUGUUCUGAAUGUGGCAAAAGAUUUAAGCAAAUGAGUGCUCUUCAGAAACACAUGAGAGUUCACAUGGGAGAGAAGCCAUAUUGCUGUAAUGAAUGUGGUAAACAGUUUUCACGUAUAAGUAAUCUUCAGAAUCACACGAGAGUUCACACGGGAGAGAAGACAUAUUGCUGUAAUGAAUGUGGCAAACGGUUUUCACAUAUGAGCAGUCUACAGAAACACACGACAGUUCACACUGGAGAGAAGCCAUAUUGCUGUAAUGAAUGUGGUAAACAGUUUUCACAUAUAAGCAAUCUGAAGGUCCACACAAGAGUUCAUACCGGAGAGAAGCCAUAUAGCUGUAAUGAAUGUGGUAAACAGUUUUCACAUAUAAGCAGUCUUCAGAAACACACGACAGUUCAUACCGGAGAGAAGCCAUAUUGCUGUAAUGAAUGUGGUAAACAGUUUUAUCAAAUAAUCAAUCUGAAGAACCAUAUUAGAGUUCACACUGGAGAGAAGCCAUAUUGCUGCAAUGAAUGUGGUAAAAAGUUUUCACAGAUGGGCAGUCUUCAGAAACAAACGAGAGUUCACAACAGAAUAAAAACAGUAGUAGUUCCAAAAUCAGUCCAGAAAAACAAGAACCCUUCAGGACUCAAGACUGAGGUUCAGUCCUGUCCUGAAAAGUAA